AUGUCGCUCUUAAAUUAUAUCUGGUUAGUCUGUUGGAUCAGCAUACCAUAUUGUAGCACACAAACAUGUUAUCCACAAAGUGAGAAUAAUUUUGAGUGCCAAGAGUUGGAAAACCUUCAGGAUUUAAACCAACUUCAGGGCACAUCGACCGAAAACUGGCAUAAGUUGAUCAUCAGGAAUGAGAACAUAGAGUUGAGUAUAGGCACAGUCAACUCUAUGCCAAACUUGGACAACUUAUCGGUUUUAGAUCUGUCACAUGUGCCACGCCUGCAGCUGCUCGGAGUUGGUUUCUCCAUGCUGCCCAAUCUGCGGCAUCUCAAUAUCAGCGGCUGCGCCUUGGAUCAACUUCAGAGCACACACUUCGCCACCGACUCGGCGCUGCAUUUGCUCGAUGCGAGUCACAAUGAACUUACAACUCUGACAAAGGAUUUCUUUGACAUGCUGCGCAAAUUGGUUUAUGCUAAUUUCACGCACAACUCUCUGACUCACCUUGAGCUACCAGACAUGCCGCUGCUGCAUCAACUGCAUCUGGGCCACAAUGAAUUGCCCAAUUUCCGUCUUGGGAAUUGUUCAAAUUUGCAGCAACUCAUUCUCAACGACAAUCAGAUCAGUCAGUUGGACGCCACAUCCUUUCGAGGAUUACAAGGACUGCUGGAGCUGCAACUAAGCGGAAAUGCGCUAAGCGAGAUUGGCAAGGACACAUUCCAGCCAUUAAUGCAGCUGCGUCUGUUGAAUCUGUCGGGGAAUGCACUGGCUGCAGUGCGUCAAAAUGCCUUUGGCUCUUUUAUUGUCCAACAAUUUGCACUGCAGCAAUUGGACUUGUCAUCGAAUGACAUAAGAUUGCUCUUUGACAACCAAUUCCGACAGCUGGGUAGACUCCAAGUGUUGGACUUAUCCCACAAUAGCAUCUCUAGUCUGAGUGCUCCUCACUUUGAGGGUCUGCAGUCGCUGCGUAAAUUGUAUUUGCAGUCGAACGAUAUCAUUGAGAUUAAGGAGUACACCUUUGAGGGCCUGGCAGAUCUGGAUACCCUAGACCUGUCGCAAAACAGCAUCGAGUAUCUGAGCGAGAAUUCCUUGGGCAGCAGGAUACUUCCGCGCAUGCGCAAACUGGUGCUAAACACGAAUAACCUGAAGCAUCUACAUGCUUUGGCCUUCUCAUCGAUGCCCUACCUGGAAUACCUCUCGCUGGGCAACAACGAGCUGCGCCAGCUGGACGUGCGUAUGUUUGCAACGAUGCGUCGUCUGCAGAAGAUGCAUGUGGGCCAUAAUCUCUUGGUAGAUAUUAAUAGAGAUAUCCUGGAGAGCCUGAACAACGUCACGGAUCUGCUGAUUGACAACAACAAGUUGACCUUUCUGCCCAAUCUGAAUGGCACGCUGCCUAAUCUAAAGCGAGCUGCGAUCGAGGGUAAUCCUUGGCAGUGUGCAUGCUUUGUCGAGUUGGAGCAAUGGCUGUUGUCCAAACGGGUCAUCUAUUUUCGAGAGGGCACAGGAUUUUACAGCGGAGAGAAACCACUGUGCGUAGUCACAAAAUUCGAGCAAUGUGUGCAGAACAUUCAAGACAAUCGGCUUCAGGAAGUUAGGGAUAAGUUCGAGGAGCAUAUGAAUGGGAAGCAAGCAUCCACAGAAAGUAUGGAUGAAGACUGAUAAGCAUCUGAUUAAUCUGGUGAAUAAUUAAAUUAAUAAAUAUUCUGAACAGCAUUCCAUUGUUUUCAUCCAAGACAGAUUGUGUUAUGUAUUUAGUUAAACAUUUUGUGUGGUUGUUUAUCCAAUGUGUGUUUCUGG